AUGUCAGCCCUGCUGUAUACACUAUGUCUGGUCCCCGUGGCCCUAGCGACUGUGGGCGUGGGCCGCGAUCCUAGCGGCAUCACCGAGUUAUUUGGGAACUCUUUUGGCCAGCCAGGAGUGAAUGCUAGUUAUGACUACAUUGUCGUUGGAGGAGGUACUGCAGGCAAUGCGAUCGCCGCUCGACUCGCCCUCGAUCCCGCCAAUUACUCAGUCGCGGUGAUUGAAGCCGGCUCCUUCUAUGAGAUUCUCAAUUCCAAUCGUACACAGGUACCUGGAUAUGACUUCUACUCGGCGCUGGCCAACUUUGUUGGUGGCUCGUUUGAGUCCUUGACCAAUUUCGGUCUGCAGACAGAGCCACAAGCUGGUUACAAUGAUCGCAACAUACUGUAUGUCGCAGGACAAACAUUUGGAGGCAGCUCCGCCUCCAAUUAUAUGGGCUAUUCUAGAGCCACGGUUGGAACAUUCGACGAAUGGUCCAAGACAACGGGAGAUGAUUUCUGGACCUGGGACAACGUGUACCCAGCCUACAAGAAGAGCUGCAAUUUCACACCCCCCAACUACAACAAGAUAGACCCAUCUUUCAAUAUCUCCUAUGACCCCAACGCCUUUGAGAGCACUGGAGGCCCCCUGCAUGUCUCGUACGGUAACUACCAGGGCCCCUACGGUCCGCAUCUCGAAGAGUCCUUAGACAAUCUGGGUUUUACUCGUUUGCCGGGCUUGAACAGCGGGAAGCUGAUCGGUUAUGCUACAAUCACCACCGCCAUCGACACGGAACAGGCCACGCGCAGUAGCUCCGAGACUUCCUUCUUGCAGCUCGCCGCCAAGAACUCCAGCAUCAAGAUCUACCCGCAGACUUUGGGCACGCGCAUCCUGUUUGAUGAGCAGAAGCGCGCCACGGGGGUGGAGGUGCAGACCAACUCGUUGACGUCGAGCUUCAAGUACCAGCUCUCUGCGACGAAGGAAGUGAUCUUGUCUGCUGGCGCGUGGCAUUCACCACAACUACUUCUGCUUUCUGGCAUUGGCCCCGCUGCCACACUCCAAGAGCAUAAUAUCCCGGUUGUGGUAGACCUACCCGGUGUUGGGCAAGGCGAGCGGGACCAACCGUGGAUGGCUCUGUCCUAUAAGGUCAACGUGACAACCGGAACGCAGGUGGCAGCAGGCAAUGCUGAAUUCUCUGCCGCCCUUGUUAAGGAAUAUCUUAACAAUCAGACCGGCCUUUUAUCCAGCAUUGGAGGAGGACAAGCACUAGCAUUCGAGAAGUUCCCCGAAUCUUACCGCCAGAAAUUCAGCAACUCCACCCGUGAGUUCCUUGAUACGUUCCCCGAAGACUGGCCUGAGGUCAACUAUCUGUCUCUCGAAUAUGGCGCCUUCCCCGAAGACGUCGGCCCCAAUGACCACUACCUCACGCUUGGCUCCGCAUUGCUCACCACCUCCGCUCGUGGUAAUGUGACAAUUAAAAGUGCCGAUAUAUCGGACCCUCCAGUGAUCAGCCCCAACUGGCUGCUCGACGAAGGUGAUCAAGAACAGGCCAUUGCGGCCCUGGAGCGUAUCCGAGAAAUCGCCUUCAACAGCGAUAUAGUGGAGGAGGAAUACCUACCUGGUCCUAGCGUUACCACGCGCGAGGAGAUUCUGGACUGGUUGAGGAAUAACAUGAGCUUGAUUUACCAUGCUGCUUCUUCAUGCAAAAUGGGAGCUGCUAACGAUUCCACCGCCGUUGUCGAUUCUCGGGCUCGGGUCCGCGGUGUGACGGGCCUGCGCGUUGUUGAUGCCAGCGCUUUCCCUUUCGUGCCACCAGGGUUCCCCAUGGCGACUGUUUACAUGUUUGCCGAGAAGAUCGCUGCGUCGAUUCUCAGCGGUAACUAG